AUGGCUUUUCAUUCUGAGGACGACAAGAGUGAAGACUACCUCUUCAAGAUUGUUCUAAUAGGUGACUCUGCAGUUGGUAAAUCAAACUUACUCGCGAGGUUCGCUAGAGAUGAGUUUUAUCCCAACUCCAAGUCCACCAUUGGAGUGGAGUUUCAGACGCAGAAGAUUGACAUUAGUGGAAAAGAGAUCAAAGCACAGAUAUGGGAUACAGCAGGUCAAGAACGUUUCAGAGCAGUAACUUCUGCUUAUUACAGAGGAGCUGUUGGAGCUCUUCUUGUUUACGACAUCAGCAGAAAGCAGACUUUUCACAGCAUUGGUAGAUGGCUCAACGAGCUUCACACACAUUCUGAUAUGAACGUUGUGACGAUCUUGGUGGGGAACAAGUCUGAUCUUAAGGACAUAAGAGAAGUGCCAACAGCAGAAGGGAAGGCGUUGGCUGAAGCUCAGGGGCUUUUCUUUAUGGAGACAUCGGCUCUUGACUCAUCAAACGUGGCGGCUGCGUUUGAGACGGUUGUGAAGGAGAUUUAUAAUAUAUUGAGUAGGAAAGUGAUGAGCUCACAGGAGAUAAGCAAGCAAGAUUCUGCUUCACUUAGUAAUGGCAAGAAAGUUGUGAUUCAAUCUGAGGCAGAAGGGGAGGCUAAGAAAAGUUGGUGUUGUUCUACGUGA